AUGUACGAGCACUGCAAUGAGAUACAAAAGUUUCUUCAGACUUUGGCAACUAAGCAAGGAGUGCCUAUUGGAGAAAUACCACCGCCGCCGGUUCCACCUCCUUUUCGUUCGCUUUCUCCUCCUGGAUCUCCGCAACGAUCUACCAUCCAAAUUCUAGAAAAUAGCGAAGAAUCGCCAGCUUUGUGUGCUCAAAAAGAAACAAAUCCUAGCUCUAAUAAUGAACAUGUUACUGCUGCAAGUGUUCCUGCUGUAGACGAUGAAGGGAUGUUUGGGGGAUUUUUUAGUCAGUGUGGAACCGGUGCACUAAGCCUAUCGCUAUUGAGCAGUCAGUUGGUUCCUUGAUGUUCUUGGAUGUACAGUGCGUGGAGUAAUAUUUUGGUGCAUGUAUAGUUAACAUGCUAGUACAUGUUCUGUAAUGUAGGAAACUCUAGUUGACCUACAUCAGUAUGUACGUGCUAAUUGAGAUGCUUAAUCAGUUAGAUGUAGCAAACUCUAGCUAGCAAGCCUAUUUUUUGGUCAAACAUGUGAUGGCUGGUGAUGUCUUGGCAUCUACUGUAUGCAUGUGAUGAUUGGUAUAUA